AUGAACAAAACCGAGGAUCAAAUUGAAGAGAUAAUUGAGGAUGUGGUCAAAAAUUAUCAAGCUUGGCAUGUUGGUGCAAGGGACUAUGAUGGCAAGGGUAGGAAUGAUGAUGGGAAAGGGUCGGUAUAUGCUAUGGAGCAAGCUAGGAUCAUUGAGAAGCUUAGCUCGAGAUUGGAAAAGCUAGAGAGCACACCAAGUCAUACACCAUCACCAUCAACGAUUCCACCACCUUCGGCUACUCUUCUCACCAAGGGGAAGAGCAAGGUUAGUUCCUAUGACACUAUGCCUCCGGGCACAUCUUUUGUGAUAAUUGUCAAGAUUUUGGUCAUUUCCCCAAUGCUUGUCCUUUGGGGUGAGGAUCCUAAGGGAAAUGAGUCCCCGAACUGUGAUAUAGCGGAAGAGGAGUCUCAUGUUGAUGGCGUGAUUGAUGGUGUUAAGUCGAUGGAGACUACUCUUCCUCCUCUCCCAAUUCCUCCCCCCCCCCCCUAUCCUCAAAGAAUUGCUGGAAAAAAGCUUGAUGAUCAAUUCCAUAAGUUUUGGGAAACAAUUAGCAUGCUAUAUGUGUCAUUGUCUUUCACCGAGGCGCUUAAGCAAAUGCCACAUUAUUCUCGGUUCAUGAGAGACAUUUUGAGCGGCAAAAGGACUUGUGGCACCAAUGAAACCGUGCACCUAAAGGAGCAUUGUAGUGCUUUGAUUUCGAGCCCUUUCCCCCCAAAGCUCGAGGAUCCCGGGAGCUUCUCGAUUCCUUGUAGCAUCCAAGAGCUUAAGUUUGAAAACGCUCUAUGUGAUUUGGGGGCGAGUGUAAGUAUUUUGCCGUACAAAAUUUAUGAGAAACUUAGUCUUGGCGAUCUCACCCCUACCCCCAUGUCUUUGCAAUUAGCCGAUCGCUCGGUCAUGUUCCCAUUGGGUAGGGUUGAUGAUGUUCCCCUUGUGAUAGGGAAGUUGACUUUCCUUGUUGACUUCAUUGUCUUGGAUAUCGAUGAGGACGCCCAUAUCCCUAUUAUUUUAGGGAGGCCAUUCUUGGAUACAGCGGGUGCUUUCAUUGAUGUUCAAGGUGGUCUUAUCACCUUGAAGGCGGGAGACGCCAAGGCUAGUUUCAAGCUUGCUAUUGAAGAUCAAUGUUGCUCUAAGAUGAAAAGUUGCAUGAAAGUUGACACUCUUGCUUGUGUUGAGCACAAUCACUCUUGUGCUAAUUCUUCUAACAAUCCUUGUGUUUUUAAGUGUGGGUUUUGA